AUGACGGCAAAUGAGCCAGGAAAGGCCUUCCUAGUGUCCCAUGUCUUUGCUGGUAAUGCCCUUGUGCAAAUAUAUAUGUGGAUUACGGGCACAAAUCAAUUACCGACAGAGACAACGAAGGUUCGAAUGGUCGUUUCUGGCUUACUAGCCGUCGUCAGCCAUCCAUACCUAGCCCCAGGGCGCGAACGAUGGUUGGAUGCUAUCAAGGACGGCUACUACAGUAUCCCCAGUUGUGUAACCUACGAUACCUGGGACUGCCCCCAAGUGCUUGCUAUCACCGGUCACGGUGCAACAGAAUCCGAUGAACUUGACGUGAAGGAGGGCGACCUCAUGAAUGUCAUUGUGAAGCUGUCGGAUGAAGAGCAUGACGCAGCAGCUGGUUUGGAAAUUGGCAGUGCCCAGAACUACAAUCUGAGUCCUAAAUGCUGA